AACAAUCAGAGACAACAGCCUUGGAGAAAGAGAGAAACAAGAAGACUUAGGGAGAUGGGUCGAGCUCCUUGCUGCGACAAGGCCAACGUGAAGAAGGGACCGUGGUCCCCUGAAGAGGAUGCUAAGCUCAAGGCUUACAUUGAGAAAUAUGGAACCGGAGGCAACUGGAUUGCUCUUCCUCAGAAAAUUGGCCUUAAGAGAUGUGGAAAGAGUUGCAGACUUAGAUGGCUGAAUUACUUGAGACCAAACAUCAAGCAUGGUGGAUUCUCUGAAGAAGAAGACAACAUCAUCUGCAACCUCUAUAUAACACAACUCCCUGGAAGAACAGAUAAUGAUAUCAAGAACUACUGGAACACCAAACUGAAGAAGAAACUACUUGGAAGGCGCAAACAAUCAAACAUAAGCCGGUCAAGCCAGGACCCCACUGACAUGAAUGGCGCAGACGAUAGUCAUGAUCAACAAUCACAGGCCUUGAGCAAUUCAGCCCUAGAAAGGCUGCAGCUCCAUAUGCAGCUUCAGAGUCUCCAAAAUCCUUUCUGUAAUUUCUACAACAAUCCUGCUCUAUGGCCCAAGCUCCACCCUUUGCAAGAGAAGAUGCUCCAGAACCUCCAGUCCUUGAAUGGAAACCCUAACACUCUUCUGCAACCUCUUCCCCCAAUCCCUAAUCUAGAGCAAGAACAGCCUAUCCUUCCUGUGACUCUUCAACAAGACUAUUCAAAUGGGAUAUCUUCAUCAGAUGGAUCAGUUCCCUUUGUUACAGAGAACAAUUUGAUGGCAAAUGGAAUAGAACAAUCUAAUAAUGCCGGGAUUCAACCAGUUUCAAGCUUCCAGGGCGAGCUAGAUGAAUUUCUCAAUAACAAAACUACAGUUGGUAAUAACUUUGCACAGCAGGAGCAUCAAACGGCAGAACUUGACUGUUUCAAGGACAUGAAUGGUUCAAAAGACAGCAUGGUUUGGUGGUCUAAUGGCGGAUUUGAUGCAAAAUCUGCAUCCCCAAACUCAUGGGAUUCAACUUCUGUUCUUCAGACGUCGGAGAGGAUAAUGUUCCAAGAUUAUGAAUUGGGUUAUAAUAUGUAGAGAGAAAAAGAAAAAAAAAGUAGGGAUGGAUUUGUAAGGUUUUUGGUGAUGGUCAUGACUCAUAAGAUGAAAGGUGCAUCGUGUAAUGUUGUAAAUUGUGUGGAUAAUAAUUUUAAUUAAUUAAU